AUGUCGUUGGAAUCAACAAAAGCAAUCUGGGAUUUUUUAAAACAAGAAUACCAAAGAGAUGAGCGAAUCAAAAGUAUGAAAGCUAUGUAUAUCAUUAGAAAAUUUGAGGAACAAAGAAAGAAAGAUUCUGAAAAUGUCAAAGAAUACUUAGACAGGCUUCUUAGCAUUGUGAUAAAGGUAAGAAUGUUUGGAAAUAAGCUUCCUGAUAGCAGAGUUAUUGACACGCUUCUUGUUACAUUACCUGAGAAUUUUGAACCAACCAUUGCUUCCAUAGAAAAUAAUAAGGAUCUUUCAAGGAUAACUUUGGAAGGAUUACAAAAUGCAUUGCACGUACACGAGCAAAGAACGUUAAUAAGACAGGAAGGAUCGGUAGAAGGUUCACUUCAGGACAAUCGUCAAAACUAUCCUUGA